AUGCCCAAGUGACACUUACUCUCUGAACACAUUCUACUGGGUACCAAAAUGGCCUUGCCUAUGAACACGUCUGGAUCUGGCAAUGGAUCUGUGCAACCAACCGUAGCGGAGGGGACCACUUUGCGCUGGGCAGCUCUGCUCAUCUUGAUGGUCAUCAUCCCUACCAUUGGGGGGAAUAUUCUCGUCAUACUGGCCGUAUCCUUGGAGAAAAAGUUGCAAUAUGCCACCAAUUACUUCCUCAUGUCUCUGGCAGUGGCCGAUUUGCUGGUUGGAUUGUUUGUGAUGCCAAUAGCCCUUCUGACUAUAAUGUUUGAGAUUGCAUGGCCUCUUCCACGGGAUCUGUGCCCAGUCUGGCUGUUCCUUGAUGUCCUCUUUUCCACAGCCUCCAUCAUGCAUCUCUGUGCCAUCUCAAUGGACCGCUACAUUGCCAUAAAAAAGCCAAUCCAAGCAAGUCAGUACAACUCGCGGGCCACAACCCUCAUCAAAAUAACAGUAGUGUGGCUGAUCUCAAUAGGCAUUGCUAUUCCAAUCCCAAUCCGAGGCAUAGAAGAAGGUGUUGAAAACUUCCCAAACUUCACUUGUGUGCUUAAACCUGAUCGUUUUGGAGACUUCAUGCUAUAUGGUUCAGUAGCUGCCUUCUUUGUGCCGCUGGCCAUCAUGGUGGUCACUUACUUUCUCACGAUCAGAGUCCUCCGCAAGAAAGCCUACUUGAUCAACAAACCGCCUCAGCGCCUGACCUGGAGUACGGUGUCUACGGUAUUCCAGCGGGAUAUGACACCCGGAUCAUCACCAGAAAAGGUGGCCAUGUUGGACGGCUCUAGGAAGGACAAGCCUUUGCCUAAUGGAAAUGAAGAAUUGCUAAUGCGCAGGAUGUCCACACUUGGGAAGAAGUCAGUCCAGACUAUCACCAAUGAACAGCGUGCCUCCAAAGUCUUGGGGAUUGUAUUCUUCCUCUUUUUGUUGAUGUGGUGCCCAUUCUUCAUAACCAACAUCACUUCUGUUCUGUGCAAAUCCUGCAGUGAGACGUUCAUCCAAACACUUAUGGAGAUAUUUGUUUGGAUCGGUUAUGUUUCGUCAGGUGUGAACCCGCUGGUCUAUACCCUUUUCAACAAGACAUUCAGGGAGGCCUUUGGAAGAUACAUCACUUGCAAUUACCAGACCUCAACUCCUGGGACGGCCCUUCGGAAAUGCUCCAGCAGGCUCUCGUUCAGAAAUUCCGUGGCAGAGAAUUCAAAACUUUUCAUGAUGCACCACGGAAUGCGAAAUGGGAUUAAUCCAGUAAUGUACCAAAGCCACAAGCUUUGCAGCUCACCAAUCCAGUCUUCAUCAGCCAUACUGCUGGAUACACUGCUACUUACAGAGAAUGAAGUUGAUAAAACAGAAGAGCAAGUCAGCUAUGUAUAGCUGAAUGAAAAACACAAGCCACACACCCUAAACCCAUUGACAAAUGCCCAGUAUGUAUAUGUGGUUUCCAUC